UCCUCACACAAAUCACAGCUGAAGGUGGCAGUGACAAGCUCAAAUAACUCUUUGUAGAAGUCCUUCUAACCCUUCUUUGUUCUGCUUAUUCUUUUUGAUUCAUUACUUUCUUUUUGUUCUUGGAGUUGUGCUCUUUUGAAACUGAAGGAGUAUGGGAAACCCACUUCAUCUCAAGUCUUUGAACCACAUCUCACUUUUGUGCAAAUCACUUGAGGAAUCCAUUGAUUUCUAUGAGGAUGUUCUUGGUUUUGUGCCGAUAAGGAGGCCAGGAUCUUUUAACUUUGAUGGGGCAUGGUUAUUUGGUUAUGGAAUUGGAAUUCAUCUAUUGCAGUCAGAAAACCCAGAAAAGAUGCAGAAGAAAGGUAAAAUUAAUCCCAAGGACAAUCAUAUCUCUUUCCAGUGUGAGAGUAUGGCAGCUGUGGAGAAGAAGUUGAAAGAAAUGGGAAUUCAGCACGUUCGAGCUUUAGUGGAGGAAGGUGGGAUCCAAGUUGAACAGCUGUUCUUCCAUGACCCUGAUGGAUUUAUGAUUGAGAUUUGCGAUUGUGAUAACCUCCCAGUGAUCCCUUUGGCUGGCGAAAUCGCACAAUCAUGUUCUUACUUGAACCUCGAAAGGAUGCAGCAGCAGAUGCAGCCAAUGGUGCAGCAGGAGAGAGCAAUCUAGAUGUCGCUACUUGCUAUGUUAUCAAUCAAUUGCACGAAGCUUCUGGGUCUGCGGUCUCUGUUCCGUGCGCUUUUUUGUAACUUAUAUUCGUUGGUUAGUGACUAGUUCCUGCACAUAAAAUAAAACAAAGCAUAUGAGAUCUCAUGUGGAGAUGAUCAUCUUGUUUCACUCUAAAAUAACAAGAGAAUCUAGCGAACUUUCUUGCAUAAAAUUGUAUCAAUCAUCCAGAUUGGAUCUAUUUGUUUUUUA